CCGGCUUCAGAUCUCGCAUCUAAGCAUCGCUUCUCCGGUGGGGUGGGGACGUGGAGAUGGGUCUGUCGCUUGAACUUGUAGAUGGCACUCAGAUUACAUGGACGCACAUGAUUCCGCUGUGCCACGCACACGUUCUGCCCGCCAAAUUUCGCUUCUAUAAGAUAGAGCUUGCCCUGCGGAGGAGACUCUCCUCCGGCAACACUGCUCGGACAUACACCGAUUGCGGACCUCACUCUCAGCUCGACUACGGUCGUCCACUACUUCCCUCUCUGAUCUACAACAGCAGUGAGGGUACUCUGCAUUGUGCCACCGCCUCUUGAAACCGAACCUCGCACGGAUCCACGGCCCAUAGCCCAACACACUCCUACCCUUCUGCCUGCAGUAGACCGACAUGUCCCAGAUCGCUUUGGCCUCAAAUAGUGGUCGGAGUCCCCGUCCCAUCCUGAGGCGAGACGUAACACCUCCAGAGUCUCCCG